GAUACCUGAAGGCGAGCUAACGAAAAAGAAUCAGCGAGCUGUCCAAGCCAGGAUCCAGGAGCUGAAAGAUUUACUGCCUAAAAUUCCCAAGAAAGGCAAUUUCAAAUUAAAGAAGGUGAAGAGAUCAAUCUACUUUUUCAACUGAUCCUGCAAGAUCGUCCUCUUUCUCCUGAUCUUCUGCAUUCGGACUUGGACCCGGCCGGGGUAUCCGGCGGACCGGCAUAAGGAGCAGUUUCCCGUUUCUCUCCAGUCUCCUUGAACGGGACUGAAAACAUACUUGGUUCUUUAAAUCUGGUCCCUCCCUCUGUGCUUCUGGAGGGAGUCAGGCUGACAAGGAAUUCCUCCCCUCCCUCCCCCGGAGGAGGCGGAAUCGCAUCACCCCCAAAACCUGGGUUUUUAGAGAGGAAUAAGGUAAUUGUGUCUAAGGGUGCAAACAGCAUGUUUCUCCCUAAAUUGUCUGGAGAAAGGCUAGGCUUUCAGUUCUUUUCUGGAAGGGGGAAAAAAAGGUUCAUAUUCGUUUUCACCCUUGGGUUACCGAAUCCACCAAGACUGCGUUCUUCCUCUCCCCCCCCCCUUUUUUGAAAUUUUUAUGCACUUUGUUCCUGUUGAGGGAGCUGGAUUUGCCAGCCGUCCGCCCCUCCAUCCCGGUAAUUCCCUCUGGCAGUUGCAAAUAAAGUAAAUAUUUGAAAUUUAAGCUGAGCUUUUCGAUCGUUUUGCUACAAAGGGUCGUGUAAGCUUAAAGAAAAAGUCUUUGGCUGCAAAAUGCUGGUUACCACAAUGCAAAAGAAAAAAGAAAAAAAGAUGCAGAGGCCUAGAAAAAUGUGCAAAGAAGAGCAACAAAGAUGAUGAGGGCUCUCGAGGCUAAAUCACAUCAUGAACGGUGGUGGGAGAUAAGUCUAUCUGCUUAUCAAAGGGAAAGAUUAGAGGCGACACGUUAACUGUCUUCUGUUACUUGAGGGUCCAAAAGGUGCUUUUUUUUUGGGAGGCAACUGGACUUCCUUGUUUUUUCUUUGAAGAUGUUUUGCUUCUCAU